GCCGAUCCCUCCCGCAGACCGCGGCCACCAGCGCACCGAAGCUGCGGAACCCGGCGAUGCGCUAAGCUGCGGGCCCUGGCCGCCGAGGCAGCAUGGCCCGGCCCGUGCAACUGGCGCCGGGUUCCUUGGCGCUGGUGCUGUGCAGGCUGGAGGCGCAGGAGGAGGCGGAGGGUGCGGAGGAGCCUGGCGGGCGCGCUGUGUUCCGCGCCUUCCGAAGAGCCAACGCGCGCUGCUUCUGGAACUCGCGGCUGGCGCGCGCCGCCUCGCGGCUGGCCUUCCAGGGCUGGCUGCGGCGCGGGGUGCUGCUGGUGCACGCGCCUCCCGCCAGCCUGCAGGUGCUGCGCGACGCCUGGUGUCGCCGGGCCCUGCGCCCGCCGCGGGGCUUUCGCAUCCUGGCGGUGGGUGAUGUCUUUCCAGUGCAAAUGAAUCCAAUAGCUCAAUCUCAGUUUAUACCUUUGGCUGAAGUUCUCUGCUCUGCUAUAUCUGAUAUGAAUGCUGAUCAGAUUGUAGUAACACAAGAAUCACUGUUGGAACAUUUGAUGAAACGUUACCCAGGCAUUGCAAUUCCAUCUCGAGAUAUUCUUUAUACCACUCUGGGAACUCUCAUUAAAGAAAGGAAGAUUUAUCAUACUGGAGAAGGAUACUUCAUCGUUACUCCUCAGACUUACUUCAUCACAAAUACAAUCCCCCAAGAAAAUAAGAGAGUUCUGUCAGAUGAAAAUUCCCAGAUGCCAACUUCCAUCACAUAUCUGGUGAACGUGGAGAGCUGUGCAGAGUUAGCCAAAGAAAAUGCAGCCCUCAUUUCGCAUUGUCAUUCCUGCCGGCGUUUCCGUGAUGUGUGCACUCAGGAUGUACAGGAACCACCAGCUGCUGUAGAAGUGACUAGCAAAGGGCAGAAAGGUCUCGUGGAAUCCAAAUCUUUGGUACACAAUCAAGCAGUUUCAGUGUCUGAGGAGAAUCACGUCUGUGAGAGUAUCAAACCUUUACCACACACAAAAGACAGAGAAAAAGUCAAGAAGUUUGGCUUUAACCUCUUCUGGCGCAAUGUAUCCAGAAAGGAGAAGUCCAGAGUAAAGCACAGCAGUUUCUCUGCCCAGUUCCCACCAGAAGAAUGGCCCGUCCGAGAUGAAGACAACAUGGACAAUAUCCCUCGAGACGUUGAACAUGAGAUAAUCAAACGAAUUAAUCCCAUUCUGACUGUUGACAACUUAAUCAAACAUACUGUCCGAAUGCAGAAGUAUGAAGAACAAAAAAAAUAUAAUAGCCAGGGUACAUCCACUGAUAUGCUGACACUCAGAUAUAAGUAUUCUUCAAAAGUGGGAGUUAAGAAAAGACAAGGCUGGCCUGUAAAGCCUCGAAGGCAGGGUCAUUUGCACAGGGACAGACACAAAGCCAGGAGUCAGGGAAGUGGGCCUCAGCCGGGAAAUGUUAGACUGGAGAAACACCCCAAGCUCCCUGCUACACAGCCUACCUCCAAAAAUGAAGCAGUACUUCAGAAAUCACUUGGUGAGAAUCCAUCAGUACUAGGUCCCCAUUUGAUUUACAAAAAGCAAAUCAGUAAUCCUUUCCAGGGUUUGGCUCCCCGAGGGAGCCCAAUAACCAAAGGGCACAAAAUCCAGGAGACCAGUGAUUUGGAACCCAAUCAGACUGGACCAAAGGGAAAGCCUGUCGAAAGGUCAAGGUCUUUGGUUUCCUCAAGAAUCUUUGAGAGUGAAGCCAAACAGCUAUAUGGUGAACAAUGUAAUGAUAUACUGAGAGAAGAAUCCACUUAUGUGAAUCACUCUACUGUCAAAUCUAUCAGCGGUGAUUUUAGAGACCACCUCUUAAAUUACUCUCAAUGUAAUGGUUUGCAAAAUGGUAGUAAAUGCUGUUCCUUCAGGGAGAGCAUGUUGAGAUGCGAUGUGUAUGGUGGAGAAAAUGAGGUAAUCCCUGAAGUCUCAAGGAAGAGUUAUUCUCAUUUUGACACAUUAGAAGAGACAGAAGAGACACAGCAUGUCCUGCCAUCUGGAGGGUCCUCUUCUUUAGACCAGGCAUCCUCUGCUUGUAGAUUAGUUGACAAUACAAUACACCAGUUCCAAAAUCUUGGUCUUUUAGAUUACCCAACAGGUGCAAAACAUUUGAGACAAACUGAGAGACAAGACCGAGACUGUAAAGAAACUCUGAUGGGAAAGGCAUGUGUCCAAGAAGCACAGACUGUGUGUCUAGAAAAUGAAGGGCUUUCUGAUGAUGACCAGGCCUUGUAUCAGAAUGAAGUGGAAGAUGAAGAUGGGGCCUGCAGUUCACUCUAUCUGGACGAGGAUGACUUUUCUGAGAAUGACGACUUAAUUCAAAUGCUGCCUGACAACAUUCAGUUUUCCUUUCCAGAGGGAAACAAGUGGAAUCAUUUAGGAAAACAGAAGGUGACAGAAAGGCCUCUGACUGAGUAUGACAGCAACAUACAGAGGUUUGAGCCUCAGGUGCUUAAGGGAAAUGAACAUUACAAGCUCACUAACCCUGGUGAAAGCCAAAAACCCAACCUUUCUGCUGAAAACUGUAUCCUCAAUUUAGGAAUCCAGUGUGGUUUUAAUUAUGAGGAGGAACCCAGUGUAGCUGAAUGUGUACAGACCUCAGCCCCUGAUGAUGGAAGUGUAUUUGAUUACUGCAGCGUAGAGAGAGCCGCUGCUGAGGCCGAAGCCCUACAAGGCUCUGUUGGUGAUUUAGGAAAGAAACCAGGUAGCCGGAGUCAGAGUGCUCAGAGUCAGGAAAUGAGAAAACAGUUCACACACAAGUUGGAGCUCUUCAACACUUCGCAUAUGCCAGCGUUGGCUCAGGAUGUCCAACCUGAACGCAGUCACUUGGAAGGAGCAGAAACCCAGAGCCUGACAGGGGAUAGUGGGAUAGAUUCUCCACGGACACAGAGUCUGGCAUCUAAUAAUUCAGUCAUUUUGGAUGGACUAAAAAGAAGACAAAAUUUACUGCAGAACUUUGAAGGCACAAAGAGCAGUCAAACACUUACAUCCAGCUCCUUACUACAACUCACUCCAGUGAUAAAUGUUUAACUCUUAUUUUUUGGGAAACUCUUGUAAAAAUGUAUAGCAUUAAUAUAGAGUGUUUUAAUCAACUGAGUUUAUAAGAAUUCUCUAAAGCCAAACAUAUGUUAUUAAUCUCAUUACAUAUUUUGUUGUAGUUAACUGGCUUUUUCCCUUUUUUGACACUGAUUUUUUUGAAGCUUAUUAUAAAUUUAUUGGGGGUAUAUAGAGUGUUUACAAUAAAAAAAAUGGGAUAAUUGCUCUCCUAAUUAAAUAUAAUUAAGUUGACUAUCAGACAGACAUUUAUUAGUUUUUCAAAUACAUAAGAUGCUAAUUUACUACCCAGUAGUGAAUUUCUGUACUCACAUCAAUGCCGAGUAUUUACGGUAAGCGGAUCUCACCAGAUUUCAACACAGAACUCUAGAAAACAGUGUUUUAGGUGCAUAGAUAAUUUGUUUGCAACUAAAGUCUUUUAUCAUCAUAAAGAAUUUGUAUAGAUGUACUGAGUACUGAUACUUUGCAACAAGAAUUCCUUCUCUCCAAUCAUUGCUGCCAGGGAUAUUCUCUGUGACCAGCUUUAACAUGAGGAAAUGGCUCUACACUGUAAUUGAAUGACAAUAUCCAAAAUACCUGUGGCAGUAGGCAUAUGGCUCAACUGUUUCUCUGGCUUCUCCCCAUGUUUGAGGCUCUCCAUAAUGGCUGUGAGGAGUCAGGAUGCUUUCAAUGGUGGAGAUAGAAGGGAAGCAGGAUGGCUUGUGAGUAAAAGGGAGAUUCUGAAUUAAGAGAUUUAGAGAAAAGGUGGAAGAUGGCUGAUAGAUAAUUUUCUACAUUUGAUCCUUUUUGUUCAUCAUAAUACCUACGUAGCCUCACCAGAAUUUUUUCUACCAGGUCUUUUCAGACCAAGUAGUAGAAUGGUCAGUUCUUUCGGGUUUAGGAAACACAUGGGGCAGUCAAGACUGGUUUCAGUGUGUUGGGCAGAUGAUAAUGCUGACUUUCAGUUGAGGGGAUGUUUCUUCUAAGAGGUUUCUAAGGAUUGUCAAGGAUGUUUGAAUAGAGAAUACUUUCCAGCUCUCACCAUCCAGGUAACAGCAAAGGCCAGAAUGAUGAAGCUCAGCACUGUGGGGAGCUGCCUCCAGGCCCUGUGAGAGUGCAGAGGAUCUGAGACCAUACGCACCCCUGUUUCACUGUGGUUGGAUCACUCACUCCUGACAGCUGGUUUUCGUGGCUCUGACCAAUCUACCAUGGCAUUCCAAGAUUAACUGUGGUCACUGGGAUAUUUAAAAAACCCUGGGUAAAGUACCAAGGGUUAUCUGGAUAGAAAAGCCCUGUGGGGGAGGCAAAGAUUUAGGGGGUCUUACAGCUUGGAGUCAGCACCAGUGAAUGGAAGUUAAGAGAAGAAAAAAAAUUCAGCUCAUUAUGAAGAACUUAUUAGAUAAAACUAUCUGAAGAUGAAGUAGGCAACUCUGUAAACAAAUGAACUUCCCACCAUUUAAGACAUUCAAGCAGAGGCUUGGUGAUCCCUUGAUGGGUAUGCUGUAGAGGUAUUUUCAGUACUUUUCUUAAAAGCAUGACAGAACUAGAUGAUUUUGAAGACUUUCCACCAGUAGAGUGAAGGUUAUAUAAAAAUAUAUCCAAUUUUUUAAAAAAAGGGAAAAAAAGAUUCACUGAGGGUCUUGUGAAAUACUGAACUCACUCAAAAUGCCCAAGUACUGCUUCCCGGUCUCCAUGUCUGCACUUUCCCUACCAAUCCUUGGUAAAAGGAGUACCGACUACUCUUCUUUGAUCCUGGGCCUGGACAAUUGUCUUAAUGCAGUGGGGAAUCCAAAGUCUUUCGUGACUCUGGCCACAUCUAGGGACCAAUGAAAUUUAUCUAGUUUUUUCAGAUACAUUUGAUACUCUCUAAAUGUAUUAAAUGAAGCCUAUUAUGAAACCAGUAAACCUGCCUUCUGUAAAACACAACAUAUGACCACAGAUAUUAAAAUUGAGUGUACAUGUUCUUAAA